AUGGUCAGCAGAUUUGCAAAACCAGUUCCUGUUUUGUGCAUGGUAUCGAACAUAGUGCUCAACUAUAUCUUCGAUCUGCAUCAUCACAGAAUCACAACCUGGAAUAAUUCCAUCUUGAAUCCAUUUGUUAUCCAACAAUACUCUGAUGCUGUGUCGGACAAGGGUGCUGCCCUUAACAACUGUUUUGGGUUUGUGGAUGGAACUGUCCGCCCGAUUUGCAGGCCAGGGGAACACCAACAGCUUGUUUAUAACGGGCACAAGAGGGUACAUGCCCUUAAAUUUCAGGCUGUUGCUCUUCCUAAUGGGCUUAUUGGACAUUUGUUCGGUCCAGUAGGUAAGUCUAGUUAUUCCUACAGUCUCUUUUGUUUUUGGUUUUAAGUCACCAGUUUUGGCUUAGAAAAAUUUAUCAGUUGAACAAUCGGUUUUUCAGAGGGAAAGAAGCAUGAUGCUGCCAUGUUGGCUGACUCUAAUUUUCUCACCGCUUUGGAGCACAAUGCUGUAUCCCCAACUGGCCAACAGAUGUGCAUAUACGGAGACCUCGCCUAUCCUUUAAGGGUAAAUCUCAUGGCACCGUUCAGAGGGGCCGCCCUGACAGCACAAAUGGAAGCCUUCCAUGAUUCUAUGUCAAAUGUGCGUACGUCAGUCGAGUGGUUGUUUGGAGACAUUGUGGAGUAUUUCAAGUUUAGGGACUUUAAAAAAAACCUUAAAAUAGGUCUAAGCUCGAUCGGAAAAUUGUAUGUCGUGUGUGCCCUGUUAAGAAAUGCGUUAACUUGCCUUUACGGAAAUUCAACUUCAAGUUUUUUCGAACUGGAUCCUCCCACACUGGAGGAAUACUUCUCUUGA